AUGUUGUCGGAAAGGCGCAUCAAUUUAUAUCUUGACGACGGUUCUGUUAUGUCCAGGCUAGUAUGGAGGGGACUUCCUCAGGGAUCUGUACUUAGUCCAAUUCUUUACAAUAUUUAUACCUACGACCUGAAAGUUGCUCUCCAGGACAAAGUUGGAAUUUUACAAUACGCUGACGAUUUGCUGUUGUACGCAUCUGAUACUAACAUUCCUAGAGCUUAUUAUGUUGGUGCAGAAGAAAUUGGAGGGUACAUUACAACAAAUCCUUUGAUACUAUGUGAACCACUAGAAGAUCUUGAAAUUAGAGUGAACUAUCUUAAAUCCAAAAGAUUCUCUGAUAACCAAAUACAGAGAAUAGUUUCUCAGAAUCCAUUUUGGUUGAUGUUUAGUACUGUAAGAAUAGACAAACGUUUAGGGUAUUACCAAGAAAAAUUCACUUUAACUGGUCAAGAAGUGAGAUUUUUAUCAGCAAAACAGCCAAAACUCAUCACAUACAAUUUACAUCACGUCAAUACCAAUACUUUUGUUGUCAAAGAGGAAAUGGGUUUCAAGGAUGAUGAAGUUAAACAGUUAUUAUUAGCUAAGCCCAGAAUGUGGAUGUUGAAUCAAAAGAAUUUAUUGUAUAGAUUCAACUAUUUACACAAUGUCAUGAAAGUACCUCAUAGCACUCUUUUACAAAAUCCAGGAGUAUUAAUGUGCAGAAACUUCAAAGUGAAACAAAGACAUACAUUUUUGGAAAGAUUAGGAAGAGCUCAAUAUGAUCCAACGAAAGAAAACUUUGUUCCAAUUAUAGCUGUAGUCGAAGACACUGAUAUAGAAUUUUGUAAAAAGUAUGCAAAAUGUAAUGUUAGUGAUUUUAAUACUUUUUUGAAAACAUUGUGA